UUUGCGUUUGUAAACGAAAGUAAUUGUGUCGUGUAUUUUGUGGCAUAAUAAGAGGAAACGUACAAUAAAUGUUCUCGUAAUAGGAACACUUAGGCUCGUGAUAAAAUUUUCUUCCGAUUAAAUAGUAUUAUCAAUCAUGGUUCGAAGUAGCGACAAGGAUAGACAUCAUAGAAGGCGAUCGAGGUCUCGAUCAAGAUCUCGCUCUGCUACUCCGGAAAAAAAACGACGGCGGUCUAGGAGUAGAGAUAGGGAUAGAGAACGAGAUAAGGGACGACAUAGGGAAAGGAGGAGUCGUUCGAGAGAUCGAGACAGGGAUAGAAGAGAUCGUUCUGAAAGGGACAGAGAUCGCGACAGAAAACGUGGAGACAGUAAAGAAAAGCGUCUUACAGGCUCAAAGUCUUCGCGUUCAGGUAAAGAUCGGUCCAAUCGAUCAAGAUCAAGGGAGAGGAAGGAGAAGGAGAAAGGUGACAGUGAUGAGUUGCCGUUUGAUCACACUAAACUGGACAAGGAGGAAGAGCAGAAAAGAUUAGAACUGGAAAUGCAAAAGAGGAGAGAAAGAAUAGAGAGAUGGCGUGCGGAAAGGAAAAAGAAAGAAUUGGAGGCAACUAAGAAAGACGGUAAGGCAUCCAUUUUAGCAAACCUACAGCUGCCUAUGAAAAAGUGGUCCCUUGAGGAUGACAGUGAUGAAGAAACUCCUGUUGUCCAAAAUAGUAACAAGGAAGCCAAAGAAGAUGGAGAAAUAAAAGAAGAAAUAGAGGAAGUUAAGGAGGAAGCUAAAGAUGAUGAAGAAGAAGUCGAUCCCCUUGAUGCCUUUAUGGCAGAGGUUCAAGAAGAAGUUCGGAAAGUGAACAAACUUGACAGUAAAGGUGGAAAGAAUGCCAAUAAUGGUACAGGCACUGGUGGUACUCAAAGCGGUGGCGUUGUCAUUGUUACUGGUGUAGCCAAGAAAAAAGUACAGAAACAGAAAGGAGAAUUAAUUGAGCAGAAUCAAGAUGGUUUGGAAUAUUCUAGCGAAGAAGAAGGAGAGAACCUUCAUGAAACAGCAGCCGGUAUUGCAAAUAAACAGAAACGAGAAUUAGCUAAAGUUGAUCACGCAACGACCGAGUAUCAACCGUUUAGAAAAUCAUUUUACGUCGAAGUACCUGAAAUCGCGAGAAUGACGCCGGAGGAAGUGGAAGCGUACAAGGAAGAACUAGAAGGUAUUCGCGUGAAAGGUAAGGGUUGUCCAAAGCCCAUUAAGUCAUGGGCACAAUGUGGUGUCACAAAAAAAGAGCUGGAGGUGCUAAAGAAACUCGGUUACGAGAAGCCAACUCCUAUUCAAUGUCAAGCCAUUCCAGCAAUUAUGUCUGGCCGCGAUUUGAUAGGUAUAGCAAAAACAGGUAGUGGGAAAACAUUAGCAUUCUUGCUACCAAUGUUUAGGCAUAUUCUCGAUCAGCCUCCAUUAGCAGAUGGUGAUGGUCCAAUCGCAUUAAUUAUGACACCAACAAGAGAAUUAUGCAUGCAAAUCGGUAGAGACUCGAAGAAGUUCACAAAGUCUUUGGGACUGUCUCAUGUUUGCGUUUAUGGUGGAACUGGUAUAUCGGAACAGAUAGCCGAGCUGAAGAGAGGCGCUGAAAUAAUUGUUUGUACGCCAGGUAGAAUGAUCGAUAUGUUGGCCGCUAACAGUGGAAGAGUAACAAAUCUACGUAGAGUAACUUACGUAGUUCUUGAUGAAGCGGAUAGAAUGUUUGAUAUGGGUUUCGAACCUCAGGUGAUGCGUAUUAUGGAAAACGUUCGUCCAGAUCGACAAACUGUAUUAUUUAGUGCAACAUUCCCUCGACAAAUGGAAGCAUUAGCAAGGAGGAUUUUAACUAGACCCGUGGAAGUUCAGGUCGGAGGGCGGUCUAUAGUUUGUAAAGAUGUAGAGCAACAUGUGGUAGUUCUCGAAGAAGAUCAGAAGUUUUACAAAUUGCUUGAAAUUCUCGGUCACUAUCAAGACAAGGGUUCCACUAUAAUAUUUGUUGAUAAGCAAGAGAAUGCAGACACUUUGUUGAAGGAUCUCAUGAAAGCCUCUUAUUCCUGUAUGUCGCUUCAUGGCGGUAUCGAUCAAUGCGAUAGGGAUUCAACGAUAUUAGACUUCAAAGCUGGCAGGACAAAGUUAUUAGUCGCCACGUCAGUUGCAGCUAGAGGUCUGGACGUGAAGCAUCUUGUACUUGUAGUAAAUUAUGACUGUCCGAAUCAUUAUGAAGAUUAUGUGCACAGAUGUGGAAGAACAGGAAGGGCUGGAAACAAAGGGUAUGCAUAUACUUUCAUUACAUCGGAACAGGAACGUUAUGCGGGUGAUAUUUUGCGUGCUCAUGAAUUAGCUGGGGUACCCGUUCCUGAACCAUUACGCCAACUUUGGGAAGGAUAUAAAGCACGACAAGCAGCAGAUGGCAAGAAAGUGCACACUGGAGGUGGUUUCAGUGGUAAAGGAUUCAAGUUCGACGAAUCGGAAGCGGCGUUAGCGAACGAAAAGAAGAAGUUCCAGAAAGCAGCUCUGGGUCUGCAAGAUUCUGAUGACGAAGACAUAGAGAACGAUAUCGACCAGCAAAUAGAGAGUAUGUUGGCGCCAAAGAGAACGGUUCGUGAGAUUGCCAGACCUUCUGCCACCAACAUCGCAGUUCCUGGUCAACCUGUACCUAGUGCAACCGAUAAGUUAGAGUUGGCUAGACGAUUAGCAUCUAAGAUCAACAUAGCUAAAAACUUAGGGGCCGAGGCAAAGGGUGCAACGCAGCAAGCAGCAGAAGCUAUACUUAAAGGCGCUGGUCCAACCAAUCUUAUUACAGCGAAAACGGUUGCCGAACAGUUGGCUGCGAAAUUGAACACUAAAUUAAAUUAUCAACCUCGCGAGGAAGAUCUUGUAGAAAGCGAUGCAGAGGCUGGUGAACAAACCUUCCGUAAAUAUGAAGAAGAAUUAGAGAUCAACGACUUCCCGCAACAGGCUAGGUGGCGAGUUACAAGCAAAGAAGCUCUUGCACAGAUCUCAGAGUAUUCCGAAGCAGGCCUUACAGUCAGAGGAACUUACAUCGCACCUGGUAAAGCUCCACCAGAAGGAGAGAGAAAGUUAUAUCUCGCUAUUGAGUCCACAAGCGAAUUAGCAGUUAGCAAGGCCAAAGCAGAAGUUUCGCGACUAAUUAAAGAAGAACUAAUUAAGUUACAAGCGUCCGGAGCACAUACGGCAUCUCGCGGUCGAUACAAGGUUUUAUAAAAAAAAA